CAAAGUUGGCUGCAGAGAUUCCCGUGGCUGUGCUUCGACAAGGAAAAAUCACCAUGCAAAAAGGCUGGCAAACGUAAUACCAUGGCCCUGUGGGUAUCGUCCAACUUUCUCACCAGUACGCUCACCCGCCACGUUGGAAUGACCGAUGAUGUGUGCGCUAUCCAGUUACCAAAGGAACAGGAGUACAUGAACACAGCAACUACCAAAGCCCAGAAUGCGCAAGAGAAGGCCAUCAUGACAGCGAUGAAAGCAGUGGUUUGGAUGGCCAAGGAGUGUAUUCCACUUUCCAAGUACAGUUCUUUAAUGAACUUUCUCCAAGCUGUAGAAGUUCCAAAUAUAGGUCAGCUGAAGUGCAGCAGUGCAGUCUCAUACUGCAGUUACAAUACUGCAACUGACAUACUUGGAUGUUUUAUCUUGUUUGAUUGAUGAGAAUAUUACACAACAGAUUCAUCAGUCACUGCUGUCUUAUGUGAUGAAAGUGCAGAUAUUUUAGUUCAUCAUAAAUUGGUAAUCAGUUGCAGAGUAGUUGAUCCACUAACUUUA